CCCAGGCGGCUGCGCGCCGCCCUUGUGCGCCUGCGCGGCCCGGGCUGUUGCUCGCUGGCUGGUGGCUGCGGCGCGUCCUCGCCAUGGAGUCCUACGAUGUGAUAGCGAACCAGCCCGUCGUGAUAGACAACGGYUCGGGUGUGAUUAAAGCAGGUUUUGCGGGUGACCAGAUACCAAAAUACUGCUUUCCAAAUUAUGUGGGCAGACCAAAACAUGUUCGUGUUAUGGCUGGUGCUUUAGAAGGAGACAUUUUCAUUGGCCCAAAAGCAGAGGAGCACAGAGGUCUCCUCUCGAUCCGAUACCCCAUGGAGCAUGGCAUAGUGAAGGACUGGAAUGACAUGGAGCGCAUUUGGCAGUAUGUCUAUUCGAAAGACCAGCUUCAGACGUUCUCGGAGGAGCACCCUGUGCUGCUGACAGAAGCCCCCCUAAACCCACGYAAGAACAGAGAACGUGCUGCUGAGGUGUUUUUUGAGACCUUCAACGUGCCAGCGCUCUUCAUCUCCAUGCAAGCUGUGCUCAGCCUUUAUGCCACUGGGAGGACUACAGGAGUGGUGCUGGACUCCGGGGAUGGUGUCACCCACGCYGUCCCCAUCUAUGAAGGCUUUGCCAUGCCCCACUCCAUCAUGCGCAUUGACAUCGCCGGCCGCGACGUCUCCCGCUUCCUGCGCCUCUAUCUCCGGAAGGAAGGCUACGACUUCCACACCUCCUCCGAGUUCGAGAUUGUCAAGACCAUCAAGGAGCGUGCCUGUUACCUGUCAAUAAACCCUCAGAAGGAUGAGACUCUGGAGACCGAGAAGGCUCAGUAUUACCUGCCAGAUGGCAGCACCAUUGAGAUCGGUCCUGCCCGUUUCCGAGCCCCGGAGCUCCUCUUCCGGCCGGACCUGAUUGGGGAGGAAUGUGAAGGGCUCCAUGAGGUGCUGGUUUUUGCCAUUCAGAAAUCAGACAUGGACCUGAGGCGAACACUCUUCUCCAACAUUGUGCUCUCUGGAGGCUCUACGCUUUUCAAAGGUUUUGGUGACAGGCUCUUGAGCGAAGUGAAGAAACUUGCCCCCAAGGAUGUCAAAAUAAGGAUAUCGGCUCCUCAGGAGAGAUUAUAUUCCACGUGGAUUGGUGGCUCUAUUCUGGCCUCCCUGGACACCUUUAAGAAAAUGUGGGUUUCGAAAAAGGAAUAUGAAGAAGAUGGAGCUCGUGCCAUCCACCGAAAAACCUUCUAGCCCUGGGACCCGUCCUCAGUCUCCUCCGGAGACUCACUUCAGUUCUAAACUCGCUUUUCUGAGUCCGAGUGUCUGAGAGCUGCCUGUGUGUGUGUGUGUGCGUGCCAGCAUGCCCCGAUGUCACUGAGCAAAGACAGCAGCAGCAGGAGGGUUAUCUUAGUACUACUAACUUU